AUGUCGUUGGUUCAUUUAGCUAACUUCUGCAGUCAUAUUAAGAACGUUACCAACGUUCAUGUUGCUACCACCUCGGUGCCAUUUAGCCGUUUACAUUUACAAGUUGCAUUAGGAUUAUAUAGAGAAGGUUUUAUUUCUUCUAUUCAAAAAGGUUCAACCACAGGUCCAGAUUUAAAACCAGUCGAAGUUACACCAGAUAAUAUAUCCAGUCGUCGUUUGUGGUUGGGAUUAAAAUAUCUUAACAAUCAAUCGGUAAUUAGAGAUUUUUCGUUGGUACUGAAGCCAGGCCGUAAAGUCAAUUUAACUCCUACUGAAAUUAAAGCUCUUGCAUCUGGUUUACCAGUCAGAUUUAUUAAGCCAUUACAGCCAGCAGAAUGUAUCUUUGUAAGGACACCAGCAGAUGAGGUUUUAGAGGUACAAGAGGCUGCCAAGAAGGAUUUAAAGGGAAUGGUUUUAUGUCGUAUUAAAUGA